AGGGGCAGCCAUGAGAGCUGGCGUCAGAGAGGGCGACCGGAUCAUCAAAGUGAACGGCACCAUGGUGACCAACAGCUCACACCUGGAGGUGGUGAAGCUUAUCAAAUCCGGCACCUACGUUGCACUGACCCUCCUGGGCUCUUCCCCCUCAUCCGUUGGUGUCUCUGGGCUGCAGCAGGACCCUGCCCCCGCCGGAGCACCCCGAGUCGCCCCUGUGGUCCCCCCGCCGCCUCCACCACCACCUCUGCCCCCUCCACAGCGCAUCACAGGGCCCAAACCGCUGCAGGAUCCCGAAUUCCAAAAACAUGCCACCCAGAUCCUUCGCAAUAUGCUGAGGCAAGAGGAAAAGGAGUUACAGCGUAUCUGUGAGGUGUACAGCCGGAACCCCGCCAGCCCUCUGGAAGAGCAGAUCGAAGGUGCCCGGAGGCGCGUCACUCAGCUACAGCUGAAGAUCCAGCAGGAGACAGGGGGCUUCGUGGACGUACCCCCCCUACAUGGUGACGCCAGCCAGAGAGCAUCAGAAGGCCAACUGUCUCUGGAUUCCCAGGAGGGGGACAGCGGCUGGGACUCUGGGACAGAGCGCUUCCCCUCCCUCAGUGAGGCGCUGAUGAAUCGGAACUCGGCACUGUCGGACCCUGGGCCGGACAGUCCCCGAACCUCGCCUGUGAUCAUGGCCCGGCUGUCCCAGCACCACCGGCGGCAGGGCUCGGACGCAGCAGUGCCCAGCGCCAGCGACCAGGGCGCAGACCAAAGCCCGAAGCCUUUAAUUAUUGGCCCAGAGGAAGAUUAUGACCCGGGUUAUUUCAACAACGAGAGCGACAUCAUCUUCCAGGACCUCGAGAAGCUGAAGGCACGGCCAGCUCACUUGGGUGUUUUCCUGCGCUACAUCUUCUCUCAGGCCGACCCCAGCCCGCUGCUUUUUUACCUGUGCACAGAAGUUUAUCAGCAGACAAACCCCAAGGAUUCCCGUGGCUUAGGAAAAGACAUCUGGAAUAUUUUCCUAGAGAAAAAUGCGCCGCUGAGAGUGAAGCUCCCAGAGGUGUUACAGGCUGAAAUUGACUUGCGUCUGCGCAGCUGUGAGGAUGUCCGCACCGCGCUCCGUGAUGCUCAGGAGGCGGCCAUGCCCGAGAUCCAGGAGCAGAUCCAGGACUACAGAACAAAGCGCACCCUGGGGCUUGGCAGUCUGUAUGGAGAGAAUGACCUGCUGGACCUGGACGGGGACCCUGUCCGAGAACGCCAAGUGGCCGAGAAGCAGCUGGCCGCCCUGGCAGACAUUCUGUCCAAGUACGAGGAGGACAGGAGCACCCCCAUGGACUUCGUCCUCAAUACCUACAUGAGCCACGCCGGGCUCCGUCUCCGAGAGGCUCGGCCUUCCGGCACGGCUGAAAAGGCCCAAGCAGCUACCGACAAGGACAAGUGGCUGCCCUUCUUCCCGAAGACCAAGAAGCAGAGCAGCAAUUCCAAAAAAGACAAGGACGCCUUGGAGGACAAGAGGCGAAACCCUAUCCUCAAGUACAUCGGGAAGCCCAAAAGCUCUUCGCAGAGCACAUUUCAUAUUCCCUUGUCCCCUGUGGAAGGUAAAAGGACCAUUUUCUGUGGGUUUUUCUUUGCUUUAGCUUUGAGUUUCCAUCUCUCAAGUCUGUGUCUCCUUCUCUGCCUGUCCACCCCCUCCUCCGUCCAUCCAUCGCCUCCUCCGUCUGUCCGUCCUUGCUGCCCCAGCGGCCCUGUGACACGGUCCUCCCCGGGCGCUGCUCUUUCUCUCCCUCCCUUCCUCUGGAAGGUCCGGGGCUCUGUGUGCACGCAGGAGGCCGCAUCCCGCACGAGCUCCUCAGAAUUUUGUUUCCAUUGAAAUAAUAACCAAAUC